AUGGCAUCAGUGCGGUCAUCGCUUUUUCCUGACGAUGAUUGGGAUAAGGAGAAGAAGUCCUUAAGGGUCGAGCGAGCAUGUUCUACUCGCUACCAAACAACGGUGGGCAUCGCAUUUGGGAGGCAAACUAGAAAAUUGGAUAUUCCGAUCCAUGACAAGCGAUCUUUGUUGGGCAAGAAUGUGAAACGUCACCACGACGAUCAGCAGUGUACAGGGGACUUUGAUGAAAAAUAAAAUAGCCGGUACUUCACAUACAAGCCCAAGUAUGACGAUCGCGAUAUUUGUCUAAAAGAUCCAAGCUAAACCAAAUUUAUUGUUCCUUUACUAUUUACCUGUAAAACGCGCUUGAAAGUAGAUACACUCCGAUAUAAUCGCCGGCUUAAAAAUGAAAUCUCAAAACUAAUCGACUACCAAAAUAACGCUCUGGAAGCAGCCUACUUUGUUAAAGUGAUGUCAUACACCACACUGUGGCCAACCUAUCAUAGUAAUAUGAAAAUAGACAAUACUGGCCGAAAAUUUUACCGGCUGUCGGAAAGGGAACAGACCCGUUUUGACUUUAUUUUGACACAUGACUUCUCCUGA